AUGGCUCCUCCACUUGAAGAUAUUCGGCCAGCUUUCGAGCUACGAGGUCGAAACUACAUAAUCACAGGAGGUGCUGGUGGCAUCGGAUUCGCCUCGGCACGUGCUAUUUGUGAACUCGGUGGCAAUGUUGCAAUACUGGACGUGCAGGAAAAACCUGUGGAGGAGUUCGACAGCCUUGCCAGCAAGUUCGGAGCCAAAACGUUCUACUUCCAAGCAGAUGUCACCAACCAAGAAAGCCUUGCAAGUGCGUUUGAGAAAGCGAUCAAUGCGCUAGGGACGAUAGAUGGCCUGGUGCCAUCUGCUGGUAUCGCCAUUGAUAAACCUUUUGUUGACCAGACAUGGGAGGAGUUUACCCGCAUUCAUGAGAUAAACUGCCGAGGGCUGUUCUUCAGCUGUCAGCUGGCUGCCAAGCAAAUGAUCAAGCAAGGGAAGGGUGGCAGCAUGGUUCUACUUGCCUCUCAGACGGCGCAUAUUGCAAUUCCAGGCCACCGCAUGGCAGCAUAUAACAUGUCUAAAGGUGGAGUUCUAAUGCUAACAAAAGCACUCGGUGUGGAACUGGCGCCUCAUAACAUUCGAGUCAAUAGCAUCUCACCUGGGUUCGUGGAUUCUGAUAUGUUACAAAGGGUCAAGGCCUCGAAGGGACCACAGGAAGCAGAGCAGCUCGAAAUAUCACCACCGAUGAAACGUCUCAGCAAUCAGAAUGAUCUGACUGGAGCAAUUAUAUAUCUACUAAGCGAUGCAGCUCGCUUUACAACUGCCGUCGAUAUCCCUAUAACUGGAGGGCUUCAUGCUGGGACAAUUGAGGGACUGAUUUACUAUCCAUGA